CUAGAAUAUAGUCUGCCGUGGAUCGUCGGACCGUUCAGUCUUUUUGUGUCGUUCAGUAUCAUCCGAUUCGUGUGAUCGACAGCACAGCCGAAUUUUUUUUCUUUUUUUUCUAAUUCCUUGAAGUAACCAAAAACACAAAUCAAAAUGGCUGAUGAUGAGAAAAAGGCAGCAGCUCCGGCCGCGGCUCCAGCGGCGGCGGCCAAACCGGCGGCUCCGGCAGCAGCCCCGGCGGCCAAUGGCAAGGCUGCUCCGGCGGCCAAUGGAAAGGCUGCUCCGGCAGCCGCCGCCUCUCCCGCCGGUCCGCCCAAGGAUCCCAACGACCCCAAAGUGAAGGCCGAGGAGGCUAAGAAGGCUAAACAGGCUGAGAUCGAGCGCAAGCGUGCUGAGGUGCGCAAGCGCAUGGAGGAAGCCUCCAAGGCCAAGAAGGCCAAGAAGGGUUUCAUGACCCCAGAGAGGAAGAAGAAACUCAGGUUGCUGCUGCGUAAGAAAGCCGCUGAGGAGCUGAAGAAAGAACAGGAACGCAAGGCGGCUGAACGUAGACGCAUCAUCGAAGAACGUUGCGGCAGUCCCAGGAAUCUCAGCGAUGCCAGCGAAGGCGAAUUGCAAGAGAUUUGCGAAGAGUAUUACGAGCGUAUGUAUAUUUGUGAAGGCCAGAAAUGGGAUCUGGAAUACGAAGUCAGGAAAAAAGACUGGGAGAUCAACGAUCUCAAUGCCCAAGUUAACGAUCUUCGCGGCAAGUUCGUCAAGCCAGCCCUGAAGAAGGUCUCCAAAUACGAAAACAAAUUCGCCAAGCUGCAGAAGAAGGCCGCUGAGUUCAACUUCCGCAACCAGCUCAAGGUGGUGAAGAAGAAGGAGUUCACGCUGGAGGAGGAGGAGAAGGAGAAGAAACCCGACUGGUCCAAGGGCAAGCCCGGAGAUGCCAAGGUGAAGGAGGAGGUUGAGGCCGAAGCUUAAGUGUCCACACGUCCACUAGUGUCCACUGACCCGUGACUCCCGCCCUAAACAAUAAUUGAAAUUAUUUACAACAAUUAUCUGAAGCAAUACAAUUUAUAUGAAUCUAUUAAUAUAUAUAUAUCCGCAAAUAUAUAUGCAUGUAUAUAUCUCGCCAUAUAUAUAUGUCCACAAUGGAUUUGAUCAGAAAUGAAGUCAAUAAACAACAACAGCAACAACUAAAUUAAUUCAAAAUCAAAA